UUCUAUUAAAGCCUGAAUAAACUACCAAGCUUAAAGAAAGGGGAUUGACUGGAGUCCUGGGAGAAGAGUGCUGUAGCAGAUGUCGAUUCCUGGGUUUGCUCUUGGUGUCUCUAUACUGCUAUUGCUCACCUGCCCUGUGGAUAGUUAUCCAAAUGGAAAAGUUACUGAGUCCUGCCAAAGUAUGACUCCUGAACAUGGACAUAGUCCACAGUCUGAUCCUCUUCAUAAGCUCACAGUAGAUCGAACAACAUUCAAUCCUGGAGGCCAAAUCAAAGUGACUCUUUCGGGACCACCAUUUAGAGGAUUUCUUUUGGAAGCCCGUGAUGCUGAAAAACUAGAUGGUCCUGCAGUUGGCUCCUUUUCACUGAUUGAUAGACAUGAGUCCCAGCUUCUGUCAUGUGAUAACGUACAGGAUUCAGCUGUCAGUCACACAAGUGGGUCCAGAAAAGCACAAAUACAGGCCUAUUGGAAUGCUCCGAGCAGUGUCCCAAAUCAUAUCCAAUUUCUUGUCUCAGUUGUUGAGAAAUACAAGAUCUACUGGGUGAAGAUUCCUAGUCCUGUAAUUUCACAACCAAACGCACCUCCUUUUACAACCCUGAAAACAUCAACAGUAUUUUUGCCAACAUCACGCCCUGCCUCCCAUCUCAUCAAAUCCUUCAAUGCCUCUGACUGCGGAAAUAAAAAGUUCUGCAUUAGGAAUCCUGGGAACUGUGAUCCAGAGAAGGAGCCACGUUGUUUUUUCUUGUCCUUCACACGAGAGAACCAUUCCAUGCUGAUAGAAAUGAGUGGACCCAAUGAAGGCUACUUAUCGUUUGCGUUGUCUCAUGACCAAUGGAUGGGAGAUGAUGAUGCAUAUCUGUGUAUUCGUGAAGAACAGAACGUGCUAAUCCAUUCUUCAUAUGUGACAGGACGCAGUCACCCCACAUUGGAGCCUCCGGAUACACUUGAGGAUAUGGCAUGGAGGCUGGCAGAUGGUGGCAUUCAGUGUUCUUUUAGAAGGAACAUCAGUCUUCCUAUUUCGAAGAAGAGAUUUGAGCUGAACACGAGCUAUUAUAUAUUUCUAGCAGAUGGAGGUGCUGAUGGCGGGCAUAUUCAUAAACACUUUCGCCACCCCCUGAUUACAGAAGAAAAACAUGAUAUUACUGACUCGCCAAAGAAUAUAGGGGGCACCCGAUCUAAUCUCCUUCUGAAAGCUCAUGGAGCCCUGAUGUUUGUCGCUUGGAUGACUACAGUUAGUAUUGGAGUUUUGGUUGCUCGAUUCUUCAAACCUGUGUGGCCCAAGGCAUUCCUCUUUGGAGAGGCCGCCUGGUUUCAGGUGCAUCGAAUCCUUAUGCUCACCACUUCCGGCCUUACAUGUAUUGCUUUCAUGCUUCCUUUUGCCUAUAGAGGUAGCUGGAGUUGGCAAGCAGGUUACCACCCGUACCUGGGGUGCAUCGUGAUGACUCUAGCUAUUCUUCAGCCUCUUAUGGCAGCAUUCAGACCACCGUCACAUGAUCCAAGACGGCAAAUGUUUAACUGGGCCCACUGGAGCACAGGCACAGCUGCUAGAAUAAUAGCAGUGGCUGCAAUGUUUCUAGGAAUGGAUUUACCUGGACUCCAUCUGCCUGAUCCAGGGAAAACCUAUGCCAUGAUUGGAUUUGUUUCUUUGCAUGUUGGAACUGAGAUUCUUCUAGAAAUACAUGCCUAUCGACUUACUCGGAGAGUUGAAAUAUUGGAAGAUGACAGAAUCCAAAUUCUGCAGUCUUUUUCAGUGGCUGAAGCAGAGGGUCACACAUUUAAAAAGGUGGUGUUGGUGAUCUACGUCUGUGGAAACGUAACGUUCCUCUUCACGUUCUUAGCUGCAAUAAACCAGCUGUGAGCCUACUAAUGGAAAUGGAACUGUGGACUCUUAAUGACUACUUGGCAAUUUUGCAACCUCAUCUCCUGGGAAGGAUGAACUAGUCCAGGAAAACUAGAAGCCACUAACUGCCACCAUCUCAGAUUCCUUCCUGAGAUGAACUUGGAAGACCAAAGCCUUAUUAAGAAGACAUCGUUAGUUAUAGACUUUAGUCAUAAAGAAACAUCCAGUAUGAUUGGCUGCAAAUUUUUCAUUCCACUCCAACUAAUCCCUUAGAAAUUUUUUAUUCACUGGGGUCGGGCUUUUUGAAGGCUAUGAUAACACUUAAAAAAGCCCCUUAACCACUUCUAAUUUAAUAUUUGAGGGGAAUAAAUUAUCUGGAAACAAAUGACUUCUAAAAGCACACCACCGGGACCUUUGGUAUCUAAAAUUCAUGAUUUUUUUAACUGAUUCAUUUGCAAUUAUAAGAGUAACCACAUGGUAAAAAGAAAUGCCAUUGCCAGGGUGAUGCAGGACCCUUUUAAAGUGUGAGAUUUUGGCAGGAGGGGACAAUGCACGUGACUCUGGGCACUCAGGAGGUUGUCAGUCCCAUAGACCCCUUAAUAACACUGUCUGGGAGACAGGUAGCCCUACCAGGACUUCAUGCUGAGGGACCCCAUUGAGCCACAAAGUUUGGGUCUCCAUAUCUUCAUUGACAUCUGUGUACAUUUCCCUGCCAUGGUAUGGCUGCUACUAUAGAGGAGGAUGUGAUGUCAUAAUUUGGGGCCUGCACACCCUUGAACCAACUGCCCUGCCCUGGUUAUGAAACCAGCUUUUGCCACGGAUUAUGUUCCUUGUAAAUAUUUUCAUCCUGAGGUUGAGCAGGGGAGGGGCACAGAAAUUGUCAUGGUUUUGGAAUUCAGCUUCACUCUUUGCCCACACCUUAAGUGCAAUAAGAUAAAAUCAAAUUAUAUGCUUUGACCUGAAAAGACUCAUCCCUUAACUCCGAGAGCAGCUCUCAUGUGCAAUCCUUUUUACAGUAGUGAAAUGUUUAGUGGCAACACAAAUGUAACUUGUAAGAAUUGUGACACUUAAUCCUUUACAGAAGGAACCGUAGUUAGAUGAAAAAAAAAUAGGGGACAGGACACUUGUGCAUGAUGUACUGAGGCAGCUAUUACAUCUCUUUAUUCCAUUUUUUAAUUUCUGGGAAUAGUCUGUCACAUUAGCAAUUUCUGAAAAUAAUGAAUUGAAGUGGAAGAAUCUCAUUUGUCAAAACAUUAUAUGAAUUGUUGCAUUUUGAUAAGUGCCAAUGCAUUUUAAUUGCCAUGAUGCCCUUGUAGCCAGUGGGUGGUGCUGGAGUACUUAAAUUUGAUUUUCACCAGACAGUGGUCAGUGUAACUCCUUGGGUAAGAAGCUUCUUUUAUAGACAGGUAUCUUCCUUACAUUUAAUAGAAGCUACACUAGUGAAUAUUUUGAAUUAUCUGCCAGUUAGUUUAGAAACUUGAAUGGAAAUGCUGACAGUUGGAUGGUAUGGUUUUAGACUUUUGGCCUUCUGUGUUUAACCUGAUACCGGUAACCUUUCUACCUUCUGUUAUGUAACCACCUUCUAUAAAGGCCUAAACUGUAUAAUCUAGCUGAAUAAUAAAAACACUUUACUGUCACCUGUUGUAGAAAUGACAUCAAUAGGAUCAGAAAUAAUUCCAGUAGGGGUGAGAGAUGGGGGUAGAGGUUAGAUUUACUUUUUUAAGAUUUACAAGAUUCUUCCUCCUGCCCCGCCCUCCAAAAAAGAAGCUUUAAUGUGUAUAAUCUUUGAAAAGAAAAUUAAACUCUCACUAUUGCUGGUAUUUUA